GUGGUGAGGAAGACGACCACGCCAGAGGGCGAGGUGAUCCCCAUCCAUCAGAUCGACGUGCAGACGGAGAGCGCCGUGGCCAGUAACAGCCUGUUCCUGCUCGCCCCGCUCAUCAUCUGCCACAUCAUCGACAAAAACAGCCCGCUGUACGACCUGUCAGCCAUGGAGCUGCAGUGCAGCGACCUGGAAGUGAUCGUCAUCCUGGAGGGCGUCGUGGAGACGACCGGGAUCACCACGCAGGCCCGGACCUCCUACAUCUCCGAGGAGAUCCAGUGGGGUCACCGCUUCGUUCCCAUAGUGACGGAGGAGGAGGGCGUGUACUCUGUGGACUACUCCAAGUUUGGGAACACAGUCAAGGUCUGA